CCCCCAACCCACGCCCUGUUGAAGGCACACACAUGCGAAUUCAGACGCAGCCCUGAGCCACCGGUGGACAGACACAGACACAGACACCAGCGUCAGCUUCUGGAACCGGCACACCCUGCACUACGCCACCAUGUCUGACAAACCGAAUAUGAGGGAAAUCUCCAGCUUUGACAAGACUAAGCUGAAGAAGACAGAGACCAGGGUGAAGAACCAAUUGCCAACCAAAGAAACAAUUGACCAAGAGAGGAAACGAGAGCCAUCGCCUUGACCAAAGAAGGGAGGAGUUUCCAACAAAUUCCUUGAUUAAGUUGAUUCUCUGACCUGUCUGGCAAGGACCACCCUAAGAAGAGAGAACAGAACCUUGGACGAUUUUCACAUUGGUGCUCAUCUAUAUAAAAUCAGAAAGAAUAUGUAAUUGGAUUGGCCUUUACAGUAAAAAGAAGCAUACUUAUUUGAAACAGUUUUUUGCUUUGUAUGUCUGUCAUAGAAAUAAAGAUGGCAUUG